ACAGAGAACAGAGUAGAACAUGGUUAGUUGAGGUAGCUGGACAAGUGUGGACCAUUUCAUAAACAACAGAGAGUAGAGUAGAGCUCUUUCACAUUAAAUUUGAUCAACGCAGAACAGCAAAUGGUGAACCCAACCACAACGAAUCCGAUAUCUAAGAUGAAGAAAUCGAAAAUCCUCUGCCUUCACGGUGCGCUUCUUAAAGAAGAGCUUCAAAUAUGGCCUUCAAAUGUAUUGGAAAGGAUGGACCUUGUGUUCAUAGAUGCUCCUUUUCGUGUGGAGGAUGAAGAUUUUCCGGCUUUUAGCUGGAUUCACGCUCAAGAUACAACCCAAAUGAACAUCAUGUUCAAUGAGUCCAUCGCAUACAUUGAGGAAGCUAUGAUAAAGCUUGGCCCAUUUGACGGGGUUCUCGGCAUGUCUAUGGGAGCUUGUGUAGCGGCUACCUUACCAGGAAUGCAAGCGCAGGGUGUUGCUCUCACCAAAGUGCAAGAUUUACAAUUUGUCAUGGUGAUAUCCGGAAGUAAAUUAGAUUGUCUAGGGCCUGAAGUUCCAAAGCUAGCCGAAAAUGCAUUUUCCUCUCUUAUUCAGAUUCCCUCACUCCACUCCUUCGGUGAGAACGAUUUCACAAAGUUGACUGCAAUUGAACUAUUGGAUUUUUUUCUUGAUCCUUUUGUUAUUUUUCACUCCGGGGGUCACGAGGUACCAGAACUAGAUGAAAAAGGUUUGAAGGUAAUGAAGAGUUUCCUGGACAAGGUUCAAGCCUCAUUUGCAGCUCCUAAAGCAAUCCGCUCACUUAUGUAGCUCUGUCAACAAAUUAAGAGGAUGUUGUCUGAUUAUCUGAUGCAUCAAGUACCAAACACAAGAUACUGCUUUCUAUCACACCGGAAUUUGCAAGUAAAAGAGUUACUGUACAAGUAUAAUUGUUGGUUCUCAACUAAAUAUAUUUCAGAUGUGUAAUUCUUUCUUAAAUCAAUAGGAUCAUAAUUUUAUAUGUAUAAUUUAUUUAUAAUACUUUCAGCUUUCUUUUAUA